AUGACCACGGCAGCCUCGCAACCGAUAUUAAGACUUCACACGCCGAAGCCGUUGCAGCAUCAGAGCUCUGCUACGAGAGCAGAAAGCGUUCCGCCAUCUGGAAGGCUGCAAGAAAUCCUGAGUGUGCCUUCUGCAGGCAUUCUUAUGGAAAGUGCUUCCACGCCACGAGCAGUGGGAUACCUUGGCGAGAUCACUUCUGCUGCUGUAGUUGCUGAAGUCAACAGCAGUCUUGGGAUUCCUACCCACGACGGACUAAUAGAACCACCGAAGGACCGUCUCACUGAAGAUUACAUUCGCAGCGGGGUCGAAGUCCUUGGAUUUCUGCAAGACAUCGAGAAGAUCAGGGAGUUGCUUAGUCGAUGGUUCAAAUUCGGAGACGGAUUCAUGCUUUAUCGACCUCUCUAUGAGAUAUGGCUUGAAGGCCUAGCGCCAGUUCUGGAAGAUUACUCUAACGGCAAGGGCUUGGAAAGCUUGGCCGCUACCAUUUGGUGCAAUACGCAGUGCUCUCUAACCUGCGGCAAGAAUACCACGCUCCAAGAAUGGGCGUCUGCUGCCACUGGUGACCGCCUGAGAUGGGAGACCAUCGGGCUGCUGCUGUCAAUCAUCGGCCUUCUUUCUGCUAGUCUACCUCCAUGGGAUACCGUCUUCAAGGGAUCGUAUGGCAGAGAUGACCUGAUGCACACUACGCUCAAGCUGGUGGAAAUCUGCAUUGAUCUUUCGAAACGAUCGGGAACCCGCAACGAAUUGCUGCUGUGCUUGCUAUACGAGAGAACCGUGAUCAUCUCGGGCAUACAGGGCGACACUUCCAGCGAGGUAUGGGAGUCGUACAGUGGAGUGUGUGACGUGGCCAUCCUUCUCGGCCUUCACUUGGACAGCCGAGCAAAUUCUCAGACGCCGUUUUUCCUGGCGGAGCUAAGGGCGAGGAUCUUCAAUGUUAUCUUUAGCAUGGACAAGUUUCAGGGCACCUUCCUAGGUCGUCCGCCUCGACUGAGCUAUCGAUACUGCCAUGUCCCAUUUCCAAAGGACAUCACCGACGAGGAAAUGUUGCUUCCAUGGCCCGAAUUGCAGGCACGGCUUGCGCAGCUUGAUGCCAAUGGCGGCUGGUCAAAAUCUGGCAGUGUUGGAAGAUGUGGCUGGCGAAGAGCUUGGUCAGCGCGACAUGAGCUGCGAGAAGAUGUUCUUGAAGUGGUGAUUGGUACUAGUAACAUCGAUCUCGAGGCUAGUAUAAGGUCUAUUCGUGCUAGAGAAAAGGAAGCCAGCGAAUCACUUCCCCCAUUUUGUCGUGGACUAGACCCAGAAGACCUGCUGACAAGACUAAAACGUGACCCUACGCAUCACAUUCCAGGAAGAGGUGUGGAAUGGCGCCCUGUGGAUCUCUUGUGUUUUCUUUCGAUGCACUUCGGCAUCCGGCAUACCGACUUCUUGUUGGAGCGAGCGAUCUUCAACAAGACCAAAUGCGAUUCGUCACGCCUGAUUGCGUCUGCGAAAGCAGUCCUGAAACUGGUUUUAAAAGCUCAUCAAGUCCGAGACUUCCUCUACGAGUUCCAGCUGGAUUUUACUGACAUGUUGGCGUUUUAUGCGGUCCCGGUCGCAGGCGUUCUUGCCAUCGAAAUGCUGAAGCGUGACCAGUUGAACGAUCUCUGCGACACCUUUCCUCGAUCGGAGACACUUCAGCAGCUAGGCGUUCUGGUCCCUGCUUUGGAAGCUGUGAGGCCAGAUGAGGGCAAUUACAAGUUAUGCUCAAUGGGCCUCAAUGCUAUCAGAAAAGUGCUCGAUCAGCUGCUGUCAAAACCUUCAGGCCGUCCGAUUGCCAUCGAUGGCCAUCAAGGACAUGCGUUUGAAGACGCACAAUUUGGAGUUGGCAUUGGCAACGAUGCAGACUUUCUCCAGUGGCUUGGGAAUGUUGACUUCGACACCAAUGGCUGGCUGGACUCGCUUUGA